AUGGCCGCUGCGCCUGGAAUCUACGCAAACGAUGAGUGGCUACACCUUAUUUGUGGAUUUUCUUCCCCGUGGAUUAGAAGUGCUUCGCUGCGCCUGCUUCAUCCUAAUACCCUACUCGGCCUGUUACGGAGCCAAGUUGGUCAUACGAUCAUGUCUCACGUGGAGAGCAUGGCACUAACUAAUCCCUGUGUCGACCACAUUCGCGCGCUUCAAGCGGCUUCAGAGUGGCUUAUCGGGAAAGCUGGAGGUGGCGCGGUAACACCCGCUCCCCGAGCCGAGAAGCGGUGUCGAAGUGCAGUGGAUUCGUCGAGUUCGGCGUCGGCGAUAUCCGAACGCAUGGCGAGCACUUCGAUGGUGGCUACUACCGAUUCGCACGCGGGCAACGCGUCAACAUCUAUUGGAGAGGUUAGAGAAAACGUCGCUGAGCAAUCGUUCCAUUUGGCGUUUGCAUCGCCUCCACGCAAGCGUCAGGCUCGACGUCAGUUGGCUGGGACCAUCUCACAUCCAUUAACCUUUACGUCGCCUAAUUACUGGGAGGAAUUGGACAAGUUCUCAUUUGAGCUCUCCACCCAGGCUUUAGCUGUCGGAGAAGACGACGGGAGUCUUCGCGUGGCCGUUCAGUCAAUUUCUUCUUCAGAGUCCAGAAGUGCCCACGUCAAUCGGAACAACUGUCAACCUUCUCACUGA